UCUGUGCUGCUACUCGGCACGUUAUUCUGGAGAGAUACGCUGAAACUUUAUGUUUCUCGAUGUUUCAACAACACUGUAGUCAAUGUGUGGUUACAUUUAGGCUCAAAACCUUGGCUAUGGUUAGGGGAGGAUUAUGUAUUGGCUUGAGGGGCACAAUUCUGACGGGACAAGUAGCUAUGUAGAGUGAAACCAAAGCUGAAUAUCUGCUAUGGUCUGUUAAUCUGAUUAAUUUGGGAACAAUAAGGUGCUCUGAUGUGAGCAAGUCAAGUUUGCAAGGUAAAGAAGCACCUUACCCUCAAGUUAACUGUCAGUAUUCGGCAAUGUGAAAGGUGUCUUUUGUGGUAAUGAACCCACAGAGAAUUCUCACCCAUCUGCAGUGAGCCUGGUCUCACUCAAAAGUCGUCGAAAUCCAACACUUGGGCAGUGACUUGCGGCAUUGGAAACCAAUUAAAAAAGGAUCUUUAACGUUGGCAUGAUACGCGACCGGUUGCCCUUAUAGUUUAACAGCGCCUGGCGACGUCAGGGGGAAACGCGAUGGGACAAGGACGAAAGUUAAAGCUAAAGCCAAACUCUGUUCUUUUUUCCAAAACCUAACCAGGUGAUUUUGUUGUUGAAGGAAAAAAAAAACGUCAAUUGGCAGUGCUGUACUGCCACUUGUGCUGUAUUGCGUUUAUUUUGAAAGAGACUGUACGUAAAAGUUAAAUUUCCUGUGGAAACAGAAGUGUAUUUUGAAAAAAGACAAUGUCUAUAAGAGGCAGAACUUGACACAGUGUCCCAGAACGUCAACAACCAAUGCACCCCAGGGUACUUUUCACGUCGUAUGAGGACGUGGAAAGUCCAUGACCAAGACGUCAAUCAAAACGUCAACAUGUGACAAAGUCGGAGUGAGAGUGUUUUAGCCCUUUUAGCUCAUUGUUUUGGCAGAAUUUAUGGUAGCAUUGUGCAUUUCUGCAAAGCCCGAAUUAGUUAGAUUUAUACAUCAUAAUGUAGCAGAGUCUUUGAAACUUUAAAUUUCUUUAUGUUUUGUCAAUGGUGCAGUUAACAUGCUUAGGUUAAGGCACAAAAUACACUUGGUUAUGGUUUGGAAAAGAUCAAGUUUUGGCUUAAAUUGCCCACUUUUGGUGGCAAAAUACCAGCUUGAAACAAUUUCUCGGUAAAAAGGAGCAAUCGCUUUUUGUGGCACUAUCCUGGCAGAAAACACAGCAAUGGUUGCUAAAGACACCCAUAUUUGUUGGCUAAAACCCGCUGGAAACACAGCUAAAAAAAACAAUUGGUGUGGUUUGUUGGUCUUUAACAGUCAUCUGCAGCUUAGCAAGCAUCUCCCCUGGGUGUCACACCAUUGAAACCCUCUGAUAAACCCACUGUACUCCACCUGCACAGCACCAAAGAGGAAUAUUACAAGAGAGUGAAUAUUUGACAUUAGCUGGUGGACAGAAACAUGAUUCCAAAUGAAUGCUUUCAUUUUACAUUUGUACAACACAAGUGCUGCUACUGGUUGAUAAAAAUACAAUUAAUUUCCACCACUGUGUUAAAGCUUGCAGAUUUUUACAGAUGUUUGGCAGUUGACAGUAUUCAUUUAAGGUUGCUCAUAGAGCUAGUGGAAAUCUGUGAUAGCUGUUGAAAAGUCUGAGUUUGGGUGACAUUUAUUUAAGCAUUGAUUCCCUACAUUCUGCAAACUUCCGCAUUACUUUAAUCAGAAACCAAGGUCUGUGUCUGCACCAAACUUAGCUCUGCAGUCACACUGAGGUCAUCGCAUGCAUGUUUGUAGACAUAACAAAGACCUCUGUAGAAACUCCCCAGUUUAUUUUUCUGAACAAAAGGUGCACUGGAGAGUUUAAUUCCUCACAAACCAAUGUGUUGCCAGACCUGAUUGUGUAAACAGAGCGACACUUGAGCUUUAUCAGCUCAAGCAUGACACCAGGAAGUUAGUGCACAUGGCUGAAGGUGAAGCACACAACGGUGAGCUUUCAAACAAAACUAUGCUGGAGUUUCCCCCUGGGUGUUGAUGACUGGAAGGGAAGAGGAGAGAGUAGGAGGAGGAGUGACGGAGGAAUGGAUGUUAAAAAAACAGAUGAGACACUGAAGGCUUGGAGUGAGCACUGGUGAGGACACUGUGACUAAAAAUUGCACUGCACAGCAUUACAGGAAGCUGCCAUCAAGCCAGGAUGCCAUAGGCGCUGUCAUAUCCUGAGAGGCUUUCAGAAACCAGACUGUUUGACGAGGAAAGAAGAAGGUUUUGUUUGCUGCUUUCCCACUGCGUUUGCCUUGAUUGUUUGUUUCUUUCUUAGUCUGCUCGCCUCUAGGUUUCUGUCCCUGCUCUCUACUUCCUUCCUCAAGCAGUAAUUGCCAAUGACAAUUAUAUGACAGCUGAGGGAAAAGAAAUGAUGAUUAGCUCGUAGCCUAUUUUUCCACACAACAACAUAUGAUGUAUAUGUAUUCACCUGAAUUUGUAAUAUGAAAAUCUACAGGAGUGGACUAAUAUAAUUCAGCAUUUAGUCAGUACCUGAAAACAUUUACUCUGUACUAAUCAAUAUUUUACAGUAACAGUUAAUCAAAUAACUAUAUGUUAUGUAGAAGGUGUCCAGGGUGUUAUGGUAUAGUGAGGCAAAGUCCCUCCUUUUCCAGUAUCCCCCACUGGACCUAGCCCUGAGGAAAAUAUGUACAUUUGGCAACAGCAGGAGACAAAUAAUUAUUAUUCAUCCCAUUUAAAGUGCCCCAUGAAUUACACAUAUGAAUUUUGUCAAUUAAAGUGAUUAUUUUUAGUCAAGAGAGUCGCAGUUUAUCGUAGGUUUGUCGUAGUACUGUUAAGUUUUCAGUAAAAUUGCUCAGUGAACUACAUCUCUCAUCUCACACAAUAUACUGGUGUGUGUGCAUCCCGAUAUGCACACCGACAGGGACUUCACCUCUAUAUUCCCACUGCUCUCAUUGCGGUCGCAGGCUCACAGCAGUUAACUAUCUCUGGUGAAGACACUCCAGAAAUCUACUUUGAAAUUUGUGACAAGCUGGUGAAAUUAGCAGGCUCAGCCAUGGCCAGUAUCCUCUACUACGGCGAACUUCACAACUGCACCGACGUGGACCAACUGAUGAAACGCUAUUACCUGCCUGUCUCCUAUGGCGUCAUCUUCAUCGUGGGCCUAGUGGGCAACGUGACUUCACUUGGUAUUUACCUGACGAAGCUGCGUCCCUGGACGAGCAGCAGCAUCAUCAUGGUCAACUUGGCACUGACUGACCUCCUCUACGUCCUCAGUAUGCCCUUCCUGAUCUACUACUACAGCAAUGGGGAUUCGUGGACACUUGGCGACUUCAUGUGCCGCUUUGUGCGUUUUGGGUUUCACUUUAACUUGUAUGGGAGCAUCCUUUUCCUGAUGUGUCACGCAGUUUUCCGCUACAUGGUGGUGAUCAAGCCUCUGAGGUCUGCACAGGUGCAGCAGAAGUCUUGGGGUAUAAUUGCAUGCUCAGCUGUCUGGGUCAUCGCCGCAGCUGAAAUCACACCCAUGUUAACGAUGAUAUCCUUGGAAAAGCGCAACAACAAGACCUACUGCUUAGACUUUGCUAGCACCAUACCCGUCGAUGACGUGCGGUGGUAUGGCUGGCUGCUCACUGCAAUCGGAUUCCUACUCCCUCUAGUGGUGGUAUUCAUGUGUUACAUUGGUGUAGUGAAACAGUUGGUGAAAGGGCCCUCCUCAACCAGCCCGUGUCGAAUGCGAGCACGGCGUGUGACCGUGCUGAUCCUGGUGGUGUUUGUGGUGUGUUUCCUGCCAUAUCACAUCCUGCGUGUGUUGCGGAUAGAAACUCGAAAGAUACCAGAGACGCCGUGCAUGGUGGAGCGCAUCGUGCAUGCAGCAUAUAUUAUCUCCAGGCCUCUGGCUGGACUCAACACAUUUUUUAACCUGGCAUUGUACACUCUGUCAGGUGAUAAAUUCAGGAGGGCCUUCCUCAGCACUUUUUACUGGGAAAACUUUACGUGGCUGACCAAGGCCAGGUCACUGCUCCACCUGGCCAUCAUCAGCAAGACAGGCCAUGACAUGCCUGCUGUAUGACUGAUAACUGUCCGACACUGUCUUUGAUCUCACUCUGGACUUACUGUAAGUUUACUUACUCAGACACGAUACCAGGAAAGCUGAAUAACAGCUGUGGCGUCUGCACUGUGUGCCACCCAGAGACAAUAAAUAGUUUAGUGUGCCAACCCCAGAAAUGUAAACAUAAAUGACUAAAGGUUAAAGCUGUAAGAAGUGCAUGUUAAGUUAGACACACUUGAGAAUUGUUUGAAUGAAUAACACUGAAAUGGAUUCUUUUGUUUGCAGCCAUGAAAAUAAAAGGUUUUAGUUUGUGGUCCUAAAACAAGGAAGUAUGUUUGCAUUCCUGAACUGUGGGUUUCCAGGUCCUUGUCCUUAAUAAACACCUGCAGUUUUACAACGCGUUGUAUAUUUCACCUGUGAAUAUCUUAACCAUGAACAUAAAGCUGUUUUUAUCAUGAAACUACAAUGGUUUUGGUUAGUGCAUUACAUCACACUAUUUUUUACUACAUGAUUGACAAGCUAAAAUUAAAGUUUAGUGGUGAACACCUGUAAAAGAUUGUAGCUAGCGAGCUCAUUUUAGCCUUGUAUUAGACUGAUAGUAUUUUGUCUGUUUCAAGAAUCAUAAAAUUAUCAUCUUGUUAGAAAACAAACAUCUAUAUUUUGUACUGAGUUAUAUGUAAUACAACCAUGGAUGAUAAAUAAUUACAAGGGCUGUACCAAAUAUAUAUGUUUGUUUUUUUUUCUUACAUCAAAGCUUCUAUUAAAGUUUUUGAAUAAAGCUUUGAAUGUCUGUCGACAUAUUUUUUGACAUCACCACCCUAAUAUGUAAAUAAAUAAAAUCUUAAA